AUGUCUGCAUCGGCCUCAAAGAUCCCUAAGAAACGACAUGACUUACUCGAGUCGGGUCUUGCAUGCCUGGUGUGUCGCCACAGGAAAACUAAAUGCGACGGUGUAAGGCCGGCGUGUGGACGAUGUCGUAGACUAGGGAAGUCAUGCGAGUAUGCGGAAGAGACUUCUAGGGCCAGGGUCAGAAGGCUAGAAGAAAUCAUUCGAAGCCUGGAGAGCGAGAUAGCCGCCCUCAGAUAUAAUAACCGGACUUCGCCUAUUCAUGGCGUGGAGGGUGCUAGAGCCUAUUUGGGCUCACCGAGCCCUCGGCUCGCCAUUUCGCCUCAGCUCGAGAGGAUGCAGGAGCCCCAUAUCCCUGAGGCAUAUCCCAGGACCAUACCCAUAUUCCCUGCGUCAAUUCUUUACUCCAAUAUUGCCUUCGCAUCUGCAGAGCAAUCACUUUCUCAUCCAGGAGAAACCUAUCCAAGAGUUAUUACUCGUGCGGAAGUAGAACGCGCUCUGGCGAAUUGGGACAUCCAGGUAGAAAUGCCACACCGACUCAAAGAUUAUCUCCUUCGGAUCUUUUUAGCACACCGUUUCCAGUUCCAUUCUGGACCGCUUGCUGCAAAGGUGCUUGGAGGUAUACGUUCUUCUCCAUCGGAUGGCGGGGCCCUUCAAGUUCACCCCUCCCUCGUGCAUUCAAUGUGCCUCCUUGCUUGUCAUGUUGGUGGGGGCUCUAUGUCGUCACAUGAAGCCUUCCUCGUAGCCCGGACGCGCUCGGAUCUGGAGAUGUCGCUGGCUUUCGUUGAUCGUCUUGUGGAUUUCCUCCUCGCUUCGACUCUGCUUGGGGUUUACUUUACCCGCACUCGUCGGUAUCCCGAAGCUUACACGACCUUAUCUGGCGCCAUUCGGCUUGCUAUCGCUUGCGGGCUGCAAACAUUGACCAGGGCUCAGUAUCAAAGUGAUACCGUAGGCUUACUGCCUCCGCCCAGAAACGAUUUCGAAAUGAUUGAACAGAGGCACGCCUGGUUCGCGUUGAAUGUGGCGGAUCGUAUACUCACAAGAGAAUCAGGACUGCCUAGCUCGUUGCCUGAGGAUGCGCUUGCUGAGAUCCAUAGAUCCGCAUGUGGCAUCAGCUUUCAGAAUUCCCCCGCCAAUGCCUUCCAAGCCUCUAACUCCGACUGGAUUCACCACUGGGCCUUAACUGGCACGUCCCUCAACCCCGGCAUAUUCGACGUCAGUAGAGAAAUGGAUCAUGUCUGUCUCAGAGCUCGGCUGGAAUUGCUUUUUGAGGGUAUACGACUCCUCCGUGCAUAUAAUGGGGGAGAUGCUGAAACCUGCUCCGCGUGGGGCUCAAGCGUUCCAUUCUGGAAAAUAUUCAACUUUCUCGAAGCAUCUCUCUGCGUAUAUCAAGAAACGAUGCCGUCAUUGAAUAGCGACUUUGGCCUCAUAAAUGGGGAGUGCAGCGACCUUGGAUUUGGUCGCCCAAUUCUCCAAUCUCAAAAUCCCAACGGGGUGACGAUUUUCCCCCAGAAGCCUAACCCUGCCCUUUUUUCGGUGAAGAUAAUUGUUUAUGCGGCGAUGAUCAGCUUGCAAAAUGUUCUGCUCGAAUCCCCUUCUGUACAGGCGGCGAACGGGAUGGCGGCGUUGCUCAAGCUUGUAAUAUCCCCGUCCGCGAGCGUGACGGGUCAGAGCCAAACGGAGGCCGUCUACUCCCCUAUUCCUACUGUCUACAAAGAUGUCUCGCUCUUGCCUCAUGUUUUGGACGCCUCUGUCGUGAUGGCGCACGAGAUCCAAAGAUGCCAUAUUUCUCCCACCAACGAAGCCGAGCCUGGCAGGCUAGUAGGGAGCCUUGAACUCUUCCGAACUCUAGUGAUUGUACUGCGGGAUUUAGGGGCAUCUGAUCCAUCGAUAUCGAUAGGCGAUGAAGUACAAAGGCUCAUCGGGGUCCUCCCUGAUCGCAUUCGCGCAUUACUAGAUUUGUCGCCGCUUGCCAGCAUGGGACAUUGCGGAAGUUGA